CAUUCACCAAAACUCAGUUUUUUUUUUUUAAUAUUUUUAUAGCAGUGAUUUUUAAGCGGUGUCAGCAGUUUGAUAGCACUUAUCACGAAUCGACAUGUAGCAUGGAUAAAUGAUAAGGUCUUUACUCUUGACAAUCUUCAAAAUGAAUAUCCCCCCAUACUGGAAAUGUGUCACAGCGCUGACCACGUUAUUGGUUUUGAGCUUACAUAUUGCAAAUGUACACGGUUUAGCUGUAAUGAGUGUCGAUAUCGGUUCAGAAUGGAUGAAAGUAGCAAUAGUUUCACCUGGUGUACCAAUGGAAAUAGCUCUUAAUAAAGAAUCUAAAAGGAAAACUCCGACUGCUAUAGCAUUCCGCAAUGGCGAACGUACAUUUGGCGAAGAUGCACUUACAGUUGGCGUUCGAUUCCCAUCCAACUGUUAUAUUUAUUUUCUUGACUUACUAGGAAAGAAAAUAGACAAUCCAAUUGUAGAUCUCUAUAAGAAACGUUUUCCCUAUUACAACAUUAUUCCUGAUCCAAAAAGAAAUACAAUACUCUUCAAGCACGGUGAAUCAGAUGAUUAUUUUUCACCCGAAGAACUUGUGGCAAUGAUGUUGGAAAAAGCAAGAGAAUUCGCACAAGAUAGUGCUGGGCAAGCUAUAAAUGAAGCAGUGAUUUCUAUUCCUGGUUAUUUUGGUCAAGCUGAACGAACCGCAAUGUUGAAAGCAGCAGAAAUUGCUGGAAUUAAAGUAUUACAACUUAUUAACAGUUACACAGCAGCUGCAUUGAAUUAUGGUAUAUUCCGUACAAAAAGUUUUAAUGAAACAUCUCCGAUGUACAUGAUGUUUUACGAUAUGGGAGCAUAUGGUACUCAAGUAUCAGUUGUUUCCUAUCAGUUGAUAAAAUCUAAGGAUAGAAUAGCUCCUGAACUUCAACCUCAUCUUGCUGUACUAGGAGUAGGCUAUGAGCGUAAUUUGGGUGGCUUGGAAAUACAAUUACGACUAAGAGAUUACUUAGCAGCCAAAUUUAAUAAUCUUAAAUUAACACCCAAUGAUGUUACUAAAAAUGCUCGAUCAAUGGCAAAAUUAUUCAAAGAAGCUGGACGAUUAAAGAAUGUAUUAAGUGCCAACACUGAACAUUUCGCCCAAAUAGAAGGUUUAAUUGAUGAAAAAGAUAUGCGUAUCAAAGUUACGAGGGAAGAAUUAGAAGAAUUGUGCAAAGAUUUAUUUGAUAAAGUGGUUCUUCCAGCUCAAAGAGCUUUAGAAGCAUCUGGACUAACUAUCGAACUGAUUGAACAAGUUAUGUUAUCUGGUGCUGGUACUAGAGUUCCUCGAGUUCAAGACCGUUUAGUCAAAGACUUAAAGAGUAAUCAACCUCUUGGUCGAUCCUUGAAUACUGAUGAAGCUUCUGCUUUAGGAGCUGCAUAUAAAGCAGCAGAUCUUAGUAAUGGAUUUAAAGUAAAGGCAUUUAUUACUAAGGAUGCUACAUUAUUCCCCAUACAGGUAACAUUUGACAAAGAGGUAAUAGAUGAAAAUAAACCAGCAAAACAAGUCAAGCGCAUUUUGUUUGGUCACAUGAAUCCGUAUCCACAACGCAAAAUAAUAACAUUUAAUAAACAUCAACAAGAUUUUGAUUUUACUGUGGGUUAUGCAGAACUUAGCCAUUUAGAUGAAAAUGAAAUUAAAUGUUUAGGUUCUUUGUCACUAAGUAAUAUUAAAUUGAAUGGUGUACGAGAUGCCUAUUCCAAAUAUCAAGGUCAAGAAGGUGCAGAUACCAAAGGAAUAAAAGCACACUUUGCAAUGGAUGAUAGUGGAUUAUUAAUUUUACAAAAUGUGGAGUUGUUGAUUGAAAAAACUGUUACUGCUGAUACAGAAGAAGAAUCUACUUUAUCAAAGAUUGGAAGUACCAUUAGCAAUUUGUUUAAAAGUCCUGAAGAAGUAUUAAAAGAAGAUAAACCAGUACAUGAAGCUCCAGAAGAAGAUCCUAUUCCCCAAGCUUCUAAUAGUACAACAAAUAACACGGAUACUUUUGAUCAAACAAACAGUACUGAACAAGUGAAAUUAAAUGAUACAAUUCCAAUUUCUGAUUCUAAGAAGAAUUUAAAAGUUGUUACAAUUAAAGAAACUAUUGAUGUUAACCAUGAAUACUUGUUUGUACUUCCUGCUCAAGAUGAUGAUUUGCAAAGUUCAAUUAAUAAGAUAACAGAACUUAAAGAAAUAGAUUUAGCAAAAUCACGCAAAGAAACCUCUUUAAACAAUUUAGAAACAGCUAUUAUUGAAACACGUGAAAAAUUAGAUCAAUCUGAUUAUUCUAGUUCUGCUACUGAUAUUGAAGUUCGAUCAAUUUUGGAUAAAUGUUCUGAGAUAUCAAAUUGGUUGGAAGAUGAUGGUUUUGGUGCUGAAGCUGAAAUUUUGGACUCUAAAUUUGAUGAUUUGAAAAAAAUAGUAUUACCUGUUUGGGAAAGAACUUUUGAGCAUGCAGAAAGACCAUCAAGAUUGGAAGCACUAAAUAAUGCAUUGAACAGUAGUAAUUCAUUUUUGGAAAAAAUAAAAAAUACCACGUUGGAUGAUACUCCAUUUACACAAGUAGAAAUAGAUACACUUGACAAAUUGAUUUCUGAAAUUACAAGUUGGAAAGAUAAGCAAGUAGAAGAACAGGAAAAACUUCCAAGAUCUGUUGAUCCUGUGUUGACGAUUCAAACAAUUGCAAUGAAACAUUCAUCGAUAGAACGCGAGAUGAGAUAUUUAAUGACAAAAUUCACUUCAUGGAAACCAAAAAAGAAAGAGGAACCUAAAGUUAAAGCACCAACAUCACAGACUGACAGUGAAAAAGCUAAAACACCAGAAGAACAAGAUAAUGAUUCUACAGUUGAGACUAACACACAAGAUGAUGUAGAAAAGUCUACUGCACAUGAACCCAGUAGUACUGUAGAAGAUAAUGCCAAAUCUGAAAGUCCAUUAAAAACAGAUAAAACCAAUCCAACUGAUCUACCAAUAGUUGAACCUACCAAAACUGAAAAAAAUUCCAAAUUGCCACAUGAUUUAAAGGCGGAUAUUUCAUCGUGGAUUUCAUCAGCAUUGGUUAUUUGUAUUAUACAAAUUGCAUUUCGCUUAUUUUAGUAAUUGAAUCACUCAUUUUAAAGAGUACAUUUUUAAGCAUGUAUGUCUUGUAACUUUCUGGGAUAUCUUCUAUAAUUUUGCUCUACCUAAUGAAAAAUACUAACAUAAUAUACUUAUUUGAAGACUUACUUAUCUUUCACGAAUACCAACACAUUUUUAGAGGUCUAUUAUGUUUUCCUUAAAACUAUUUAUUACAGUUAUUCAUUUUUAAACAUAAAUUGUGGUAAAUAAUUUGUGAGGAAAUAUGGCGAAAUGUACUUAAACAUAGCGUGUGAUUAUUGGUCACUAUUAAUUUGAAUAUUGUCUUGUAUUCUUGUAUACACUUUAAAGGGGGAAAUGUUAUAAGUUAACAACAGUAAUAUACUUUGUCCCACUAGAGAACAUGCUGUGUGUUAACAAGAAUAGGUCCAGCUCAUCACAUCCUCCAUCAAAUUUUCGAUAAGUAGCAUGCGAUUGUAGGGAUACCCCUCACCGUUGAUGGCAACCAACUGCACUUGUCUUGUAUAUUAUGGUUGGCCAUCGUCGCAUAUAAUUGGCUGCAUGGAGGGGAUGCGGCAGUCUAGUCGGUCGACAGACCUCAUUCUAAAUGUGCAGAUCUGCCAUGUUCUCUUGUGAAACAGUAAAUAAUUAGUUUUUAGCAAUCUUAAAUAGAAAAAAAAAGGAUAUUUGUGCUGAUACAAACAUUUUUUAGCCUAAAUACUACCACUAGCUCCU